GAAAAUGGUAAAAACUGCAUCGGAUGCGCUAUCGAGUUGGCCACACCGGUACGGAGCCGGAUUUUCAAAAUUCAAGAUGGCGGCCAAACCAGCGGCCGUUUUAUCCGGAAAAUUGGAUAUCGUCACCACAUCGAGCCGAUUUUGACGCACUUACCGACAUUUGUCAGAGUACUUCCGGGGAAACAUUUUUUAGGCAAGUAACUAUAGUGUUGUUAGGUGAAAAAAAAUCUCGAAAAUUUUUUAUACUUUAUGAGAUUUUUGAGGAAACAAUUUUUGUCGAAAUUUUGAUUUUUUUUGAUGCAAAUAUUUUAAUUUUAACUUUACAAGAUACCCGAUGGAAAAAAUAGAACGAUCGACUGGCAACACUGAGAGCAAACAACGUUUAAAAUUCAACCUCGAUUUUGACCGACUUGGCAACCCCGCAGGUAUUUGGCAUGUAUGGAGCGAUUGUGCAUCUCUAUAGACUCUUUCGCAUGGGGGGAAAAAAAUUACCCUAUUUUAGGGUAGUUUUUGAGACUUACCCCAAAAAUUGUAAAUGUCAAAGGAACAAUUUUAGAACUUGGAGGGAGCAUCCCGAAAUGACAUUUGACUAUUUUUAUCGCCUAUACCUGGCAACCCUGGCAGCUACGGUGGUAUGAACAUUUAAUGUCCACUAUUCACGUUUUGGACUCUAGCGCAGUCACUAUAGCCGCUAGGAAAAAUUUAAAAACUGCGUUGGAUGCGCCAAUAAAAGGGCUACAUAGUUCUGAGGUUGAAAUUUCAAAAUUCAAGAUGGCGGCUUAAACAGCGACCGUUUUAUCUAGAAAACUGUUCAUUUUUCACGACUUUCACUUUAUAGAGCUGAUUUUAGCGUUUUUGAUAACAUUUUUCCGAAUACUUUUAACAAAAAAUAUGUAUUCAGCUGAAAUGUUGCCAAAUGAAAAAAAAAAUCCGAACAUUUUUUGAUACCGGGUUUUUAGGAAACUUUCAUGUAUGUCUUUAUGAAAAAUAUUUAAAUAUCUUUUUACAAUGAUUUCACUGUUUAACAAAUUUUUUACUGUUGCAUAUCGAUGGCUUAACCUGCAAACCGGCUAACUCCAUUUUUGACCUAAAAUCAUGUUUUGAUGUCGUCGAAUACGCGGAGUUGCCACUUACGGUAUGCAAAAUGAAACAACUCCCUAGCUUUCAAAAUUAGCGAAUAAAUUACGUGCACGUAUAUUGGGCAACUCCCAACAUUGACAGAGCAACACGUCAAAAGUGGCUAACUCCGGUGCUAGCCGCCAUUUUGUACUGAGCAGCGUGCAAGAAAAAACAGGUUUACGCGGCCUAAGUUUAUAUUUUUGUCAAUGAGCGUAAAUAACAGACAUUUUAACCUGAAAAUAUUACAUGGAAUUGCUGGUAAGUGUCUUUAUUUAAAAUAAUGUAUAAUUGUUGUGAAUACUUAAAAAGAAAGCCAUAGAUAACCUACAAAAGUGCGAUGAUGGAGUUGGCCAUUUUUUAUUGUGACAAUUUGUUCUUGAUUUGGGAGUUACCAGUUUUGAGUUUUUGGGUAAAUUAAUGUUAAAAAAUUUAAUAUUUAAUGAGAUUAUUGUUACUAAUAUUGCAGACAAAGAAAAUGUCGAGGGCGAAAAAAAUGGUCGAAGCUGCUUGCAACCGCAGUCGUCAAAAUGACAUAAUCUUUUUCACAAAGGAAUCAAUUGAAAAUAUGCCUGUUAUACUGGCUGCUGAAUCGUCAACAUCUGAAGCUGUCCCAGAAGUAAUUAUGCAAAUUGGCCCAUUACCUGAUGAUGCGGUAACAUCAGAUGCUGUUACAGAAGCGAUCAUGGAAAUUCCUCCACUAGCUGAUGAAGCGGCAAUAUCUGAUGCUGUUACAGAAGUGAUCAUGGAAAUUCCUCCACUAGCUGAUGGGUCUUUAACGUCAUGCUCUCAUGCUCUUACAGAGGAAAUCACGGAAAUGGAACCAAUAGCCGAUGGCUCAUCUUUGAAUUCCGGUCUGUUAACAGUGGCUACUGAAGCAUCCAUGGAAUCAUCCGUACCAGCUACAUAUUCACAGAUUACACCACGUCAUGAUAACAAUGCUGCCUUGAUUGAUAACUAUAUAAGUGAUGAUAGUGACUACAAUAAUGAACAACUUGUACCCUAUUCUGAUCACUCGGAUUCUAACAGUGAAGAACAACCAAGGGGAGUUAGGAGAAGAAAAAGGUGUCAGGUUAACAAAGCUACAUGGAAUGAAUACAAAAACAAACUUAAUCGGGAAAAGGGGAGGCAGUAUACUGGGCGAAAAAAAGUUGACGGGAAAUGGGAAAAAACACUAAAGAAUAAGCGAGUGCUUAAACCUCGAUGCAAAUGUAAGACAAAUGACAAAACUGCCUUAAAAUGCUGUGAAAUUAAAGAAGAUGAUAGAAAAACAAUAUAUGAAAAGUUUUGGGGGAUGACUUGGGGAGAAAAGAAGGUUUACGUAAAUGGUCUUGUACAAGAGAUGCCUACAAAACGCGCAAGAGAUAGAAAAGACCCAUCUAUUACAAAGAGAAAAAGCUCAAUGAUUUAUAACUUGCAUUUGAAUGACGGACGUCGUGUAAGGGUUUGCAAAACGAUGUUUCAAAACACUUUGUGUAUCACCAAAAUGACCAUCUGGAACUGGAAAAAAGGUAAAGAAAAUACCUCAAACAAUAAAAACCAAAAUGUAUCUGCCAGAAAAAAUCCCCACGAAGCAGAGGUAGAAUCACUUAAAGAGUUUUUGAACAACAUACCAAAAAUGGAAUCUCACUAUUGCCGCAAAUCUACAUCAAAGCUUUAUUUGCUACCAGAAUGGACAUCAAAAAGAGCUCUAUAUGAAUUCUACAAAAAAGACUGGUGUGCGUCGCGAAAUAAUAAACCUCUCUCUAUAGCAAAAUUCAGUAACACUCUAGAAAUUGAAAACAUAUCACUAUAUAAGCCAAAAAAAGAUGAGUGCGAAAAAUGUCUAUCCCAUAAACUCGGAAAUAUACCUGAUACAGAACAUAAAGAGCACAUUGAAAGAAAAAAUGAAGCCCGUAUCGAAAAAGAAAACGAUAAAAAUUCAGAAGAAUUCGUAUUUACGAUGGAUACACAAGCUGUGUUAUUAGCACCUAAAUCUAAUGUUUCAUCUCUAUAUUAUAAAACCAAGCUAUGCACACACAAUUUCUGUUUAUUCAAUUUGAGAAAUAAAGAUGGAUUUUGCUAUCUAUGGAACGAGACUGAAGGUGCCCUAUCGUCUGACAACUAUGCUACUAUAAUAGUCAAGUUUAUUACAAAUAAUCUUCUGCCGGGCAUUCACAGAGAACCUGAAGAGGAUAUUAAAAUUAUAUUGUACAGCGAUGGAUGUACAGCACAAAAUAGGAACGUGGUAUUGGCAAAUGCUUUACUCAAUGUGGCAACAUUAAACAAUAUUAUAAUUGAGCAAAAGUAUUUGGAGGUUGGCCACACCCAGAUGGAGGCUGACUCUAUGCAUGCCACCAUAGAGAGGAAGCUGAAAAAUAAAGUUAUUCAUGUACCAGCUGAAUAUGUAGGAAUUUGUCUUGGAGCACGCAUACACCCUAAGCCCUACAAUGUGUCUUAUUUAACGCACGAUUUUUUUAAGUCCUUUGGAAGUCUACAAUAUUAUAAAUCUAUAAGACCAGGAAAAGCGACAGGAGACACUAAGAUGGACUGUAAUCCUAAAGUUGUGCCUAAAAAUAAAGCAAGGAAGAAAGCUGCAAACGCAGAAAAUUGA